AUGAAGGUUUUCAUUGCACUGCUAUCCGUCGCUUUGGUCGCCACCGUUGCUCACGGCUCCUACGUUCCAUCGGCAUGGCCUUCGCACUCUCUCGGAUGGAACUCCUGGAAUGGCUGGAACGAUUGGAACGGAUUGAACAGCUGGGAUGACCACAGUUCGGUUGCCUGGCCAGCAUAUGGAAACUCGUGGUCAUCUGCAGCGUGGCCAGCGGCUUCCCUUUACAACAAAGGCUGGAAUGGAUGGUACGCACCAAAGACCACCGUCGUUCAGGCUAACGUGGCCAAAGUGAACCCAUGGGGACUUCCCUGGGGAUCAUACGGACAUGGCUACAACAACUAUUUGGGAGGAGUGCCGGCUGCCAAAUACAUCGCUGCCAAUCCAGGAUCGAUUCAAAAGUUAAUCGUUGCUUAAAUUGUAAAUAUCGCACAGAAAUCUAAAUCAAUAAAGUAAUUCAAUAUCGUGAAACCAAAUAGAAAACCAAAUCAUUGACUAGAAUGUAGUCACGAAAAAGUAAACAGAAGAAAAAUUAUGACGUCACGAGCAUCCUGCACCAAA